UUUAAUAAGGUUAUGGAAUCGGCCUUGGCAAAAAUGAAUGUAAAUCAUUCAUGUAUGUAGUUACAUUGCCUGAUGAAGGAUUGCAGAUCGUAAGAAGUAAACUUUGCAAAAAUUUAUCUUGAAAAAAAAUGUAUGCAUCUGGACAUUGGUCAGGUUCAACCUGUUCAGGAAAAGGAAUUGCUCUUUCACAUUUCAAUCUGAAUUCACUUUCUACAAAAUCUUGGUCAAUGUCUAAAACUUCUGACAUCUCAGCCACAUCCUUCAAUUGCUGUUCUGUAACAGGCCACCCUACAAAUAAAGGUAAAAAUUUUAUACAUAAAUUUGGAACCUUAUAUCUUCCAAAAUAUGAUCAUUUUCACUAUUUACUUCAGCAGCUCCUGUUGGAUCAGAUUGGAAUUGUAUACCUACAGAUUGGAUCAAAAUCGGAUUUAAGAUUGACAGUGUAUGCCAACCAUCGGAUAAUGCUGGGUUAAUCUGAUCCAAUGUACACCACUACUGUUGAGUGUUAAGAGUGUACCCCACAUAAAGCAUCCAGUGCCAACCUUAUCCGAAAUUGAAAAGGUGGCACUUACCACAUUCCUCUAAGCCAUAAUCUUUAGGAAAAUCAUAGAUUUGUAACCCCAUCCGGUAACAAAAUGUCUUUCUGAGCACAGAUUCGGUAUGCAUUCUAUAAAUUAUUAUUAAGAUAUCCAGUUGCUUCUGUAAUACUGGUAUCAUUACAAAUGCCAAAAGGUCCCUGAAAGAAAUACAACUCAUAUGAUGAAGCAAUAAUUCCAAUACACAUAGUACAUACGUGAGUGUAGCACAGCCUGUUAAUUAACUUAAGCAUCCUCAUAUGAUGAAGCAAUAAUACCAAUACACAUACUACAUAUGUGAGUGUAUCACAGCCUGUUAAUUAACUUAAGCAUUUGUAUUAAGCCUGCAUAUAUUAAACCAAAUUGUCUUUGUGACAAGUUGCCAAACAGUACCAGUAUUGCCGGAAAGGGGGGAAUUCUUAUGUUACUUCAUUCAAAACUGAUUAAAAAGGUAACAAAUUAUUUGCCUUUGCUGGUGCCACUGCCUGUUAAAGUUUGUUAAGGUUACUCCACAUGAUGGAAACCCAUUUCACCAAAAUGCUCACCGCGCGCUCAGUUUUCAAGUUUUCCCCUUCACAUUUUGCAUGCAUAAUGAUAAAUCAUUGCUGUAGCUAAAGAUUUGCCAAAAAUUCCACAUAUUUAAAAACUGUACUUGCUAAGAGUUGUUUUGAAAAUGUGACGGCCUUUGCACCACGAGAUUAGAACGCUUCUGAUUUACCUCAAAGACUUCCCGAAACAUAAUAUUUCCCAUCUCAAAUAAUCAAAGAACAAAAUCGUGUUUGCAUUUUUUGACAGGUAUUGUAUUUGUUGGCAUUGUAAGAAAGAUACUGCAUCUGGUUUAUUUUGACAUUUAUUCUGUAAUUAACCCAUUGAGUGGCAGCAAGUGGAGAGCCACUUGACAAGUAAAAUUGCCUGGCCUUAGACAAAAAUACUAAAGUAGGGUGCAUUGCCAUUUAAAGGAUUAAUUUGUAUCACAAUUAAUGUUACUGAUGAAUGUUUAUGUCCAUGUGAACUCCAGCUGUAUUAAACAGGCUGAAUAAGUGGCAGAAGCUGUUUUGUAAUUAAAUGGUAGCCAGGAUCUAGAAUUUGAAGGUCUAAAUUUGGGAUUUGUUUGUGCAUAUCAUUUGGAAAAGCGAUCUGCAAUAUUCAAAAUUUGAACCAAAACAAUGUGCAAAUACUUUAGAUCUUUUCCAUAUAUUCAAUGUGUAUGACCACUAAUGCCAGUACUGGAAAUGCACUCUACUUUAGUAUUUUACUCUGUCUAACACCAGACGAUUUUACUCCUCAAGUAGAUAGUGCUGCCACUCAAUGGGUUAAUAGAAAAGAUAAAAAAUACUUGCAAAGUGGUAUGGUAGUAAUGGUCACACACCACCAAGAACAGUCAUUAACCUAUCGAUGCGCCUUGCUUUACUCUUUUACUCUAAUGCCAGAAGAUUUUACUUGUCUGGGGCGGAGUGCUGGUGCUUAAUGGGUAAAUAAAAUGCAAUAAAAUACAAUUAUUUUAAUUAAAUAACUGUAGAAGAUUGUAGAAGGUUGAUGACUAACUGGUGAUUCAGGAGGUGUGACCCAGUGAACAAUCCCAUUGUCUUUCAUCCAUUUCUUUGUCGAGUUGCUUGUAUGUUUUGGGUCAUUAUGCGGUGACCAUCAGGAUAUACCUUUCAGACGAAUGACAACAAAUUCCUUUCUAAAAUUGUUUAGUAGUCAAUACUUUCCAUGCAUCCACUAAAAUUACAUACUUGUGUUGCUCCUCGCCAGGAAAUUCCAGCCCAAACACGAACCUAAAAAAUGCAAUUAAAACUAUAUAUACAGGGUUUUAAAAAAUGUGCAAACACAAAAUGUGAAAGUGACGCUGAUUAAUACUCGGGAAAUAGUGAUGAUUUCCUGAGUAUUAAUGUCCAGUUUCGAUACGAGUGCAGCCGGACGCAUUCCGCAAAUGGAACGCCCAAAUGGAACACUUUUUUGUUAGGUUAUCUCUGAGCAGUACUGUAAUAUAUCUCCACAAUGGCUUGUAUCACCAAUUAAGCAAAGAGAAAACUCAAAAGAGGGCCCUAAAAUCUACAAAUGUGUGUGAAAGUCAAGUGGCCCAGUAAAAAUGCUGAACAAAAGUUACCAGGUGAUCUAGAGUUACUAGGAAAAAUGCUUGUGCGAGGAGCAUAUAAACAGAUAGUGAAUGCAGCAUGGAAGAACACAAACAUCAAGAAACAACUUCAACUGUUAAUGUUAAAUUACAUAAACCGAGAAUGUUCUGAUCUUUGCUCAAGGAAAAACCCAGGCUGUCUAAGGAGCCCGAAUAAGGAAAAUAUGUUGAAAUUUUCAAUAAAAAAUUUUAACAAGGAACUGAAGGAAAGAGCCCCAUUGGCAUUUUCUGUGUUAGUUGCUGCUUCUGUGAACCCCCGAAGUAGAUCCAGGGCAAACAAGUAUGGUUUAAAUAUUGAAACAUUUUGGUCACCUGCUGUUUGUAUGGCUGCAGCAGUUUGCCUGAGAAACAGGUUGAGAUUUAUGAAUGCACUAGAAUUAUUGAUUACAAUAUUCAAUUACCACUCUGGAUGACAGGUGUGUAUAUCUAUUUUCAUCUUUAAUACCAUACAUAUUAUUUUAGAAUAUUUUGGUGUUAUUAGUGUCAUGUGUAUUGAGUCAAAUAAAGUCUUUAUUACUAUAUACAUGAUGUCGCGACAGCAGCAAUCGAAAUUAAAAUGGACAGAGCAAAUGAAUACCGAUCUGCUAGAAUGUAAGAAGAAAGCGAUGGAAUUCCUUAAAUCAGAAAACCUGCCAUGCCAUGUGAAUGGCAGAAAGAAAGGCUAUAUACAAGUUAUGAAAGAUCUGUGGGACAAGAAAGGAUACGAACAUCUUGGAUUGAAGAGCCAAAACCUGCGAGAUCAAGCCGCUAGGCUUGAGAAAAUUAACGCUGCAGCUGAGACUCGUGCUAUCGGUAAGGUAAGCGGCGGAGCGGUUAUCAAUGACGAAAGAGAGCAGACAUUAGAUGAAAACCAGAGAAGGCACAACACAAUUUCACAACAUGAAUUUAACAAUUUUGAAAAUCAAAACACCAUUAGUCAAAAUGCAAAUUUGGAGGUAAACAGCAAUCUGGAUUUGCAUACGGACAAUGAUAUUGUCCAAAACAGUCACGAAUGGCAAGAAACCGAAGCUGUAGAGGGCUUUGAAGUGACCAAUGACUGUCCUGGUGAACCACACGCCGGCAUACAUGAAGCAGGACGUCUACCCGCCUAUGUUGCUGUUGAUAUACCAUCGAUUACCAUCUGGGGACGCAGAGCAGACGGCUCAAUAAUUACGGUCAACUCUUCAACCAUAAUUAAUGCAUAUGAUGAAAUUACGCGAUGGCGUAAAAAUACUUUUCUCGUCCCGUAUGGCAAAGUUGGGCGAGACUUUAUCGACCAGCUAACACAACAUAUAAACGAUUGGAACAACGCGUCGCAAACACAACACUUAGUGCUGAAAGCUGCAAUUGUUCUCUUGGCAACGGCACUGCAAAAGCCAAGCAUAAAAUCGAAGGCACAAGAUCACAAAAUGAUAUGAGCCAAGGUCUGCUUUGCCAUCUUGCGGUCAGCUCUACUUUGUCUCAGAGGGACUAGAGCACCCAGGAGGAUAACAACGAACGUUCAUGAAACGGACUUCGAAGUAGACAAUUCUCGUGCCAAAAUUUAGGCUUAGACUUUUACCACAAAUUCUUACUAUAACAUAUACUAUAACAUACUACAACAAUUUAGACUCACUUCCUUGUAUAUACUAGUAAUUAGUUAUUAAUGUAGUAGGAUUAUUUUAUAAAUAAAUUAUUAUUAUUAUUAAAAAAAAAAUUAUUGUUAUUAUUAUUGUUAUUGUUAUUGUGGUUGUUGUGAUCGUCCGUCAUCCUUCUUCUUAUUUAGCACAGUUUGCCUGAGUGCGGGGGGGUCUUGAGGCUUAACAUUCCAUGUUUUCAGCUUUCCCUAAGAUUGGGGGUUACAAUUGAUAAGUGAUUAAUUUUAAUGAAAUAUAAUUUUGGAUUAGUUAAUGUUAUCUGAAGUAUAUUCUUGACUGUGACAUGCCAAUGUAGGUAGUGAAGAAUAGAGUAUGCUUGCAUGCUUUUGUGUGAUGCAACCAGUGCUGUAAGUAACUUCGUUAAAAGUAACUAGUUACAAGUAAUCAUUACAUUUUUCAGUAACGGUAACGGUAACUUGUUACAUUUUGAGAACAUGUAACUGUAACGGUAACUAGUUACAAAAAAUGCCAUAAAAUUGAAACGAUUACAAGUUAUUUUGCCAAAGUUACAAGUUACAUUUUGUUCGUUGCUAUUUGUGUACGUUUUUAAAAUGAAAUAAAUCAAUACACAGUGAGGCAAGCUCUUAAUCAUCUGCACAGGAGUAAUUUAAUAUGACACAACAGAAUCCGUUCAAGACACAAAUUUAAGUCAAGGAUUGACGGCAAAUUUACGUACAGUUUGGAACUGAUCGGAAUGCCGUCGCUCACCUUCACUUGGGCCUUGGCCUCGUCAUAAUUGGUAAUUAAUUAGCAGGCAAAAUUUACAAGCAUUGACUGCAAGCAAAUAUAAUCAGUUUACCGUAAAACAUUUCAUGCACCUGCUUGUACCUCUUACUUGACCUGUCCUUGACAUGGCAGAGAGAGAAAAAUAUUACAAACAUGGGUUAAAGGCCAAGCAAAACCCAGAUAAAUACAUCUCUUUGAUCAUAGACGGUAUGGAUCAGUCAAAGCAUAAUUGCACUUCAAUGUAACAACUAAGGUAAACUAUAUAUACAUGGCUGCAUGUUAAUUUAUGUGGAUUAAUAGUGUUUCAAACAUUAAUUUAUAUAUUUUUUUAUCAUGCAUGUAUCUAGAUUGACAGCACUACUGCCAAGUUUAAGACGCAUGUAACUGGUGUCUUGGGAAAUGCACAUACGACAGCACUCACCUUCAUUGAUUGCUGCCAACCUCACUAUAAACCUAUUGUUAAGGAUGCCAAUUCUUUUUCAGGAAAAGGUAGAUGAUAUAUUAGUAAGAAUUAUUGAGUUUAUAUGGAGAUUGAUUUUUUUAAUCAUCUGCAUGUCAGUUUCCUCCAUUUAAAACAUAAUAAUUUCAUUUAUGGACUUGAGAGCAAAUUUUCUUGUUUUAAUAUUUUGAGUAAAAACACAUGUUAUGAAAAAGGAUAUUUACAGUAUGUUACUGUCCGUAAAAGGAUAGCAAUAUGCAAGUGCUAUCAUUCAUGCAAAUUAUUUGAUGCGAUAAUACAGAUGAAACUCUUGUUCCUGAUGGUUGGCCACACACAAGAAGUAAAUGAAAUGCUCGAACAUUGCCGGAACUUGUUUCUGAAAUGUGGACAACUUAUACCCCUGAGCCAACAAACGUGACAAUCGACUGUAUGUUCAAUGUUGAGUGCUGGAUGGAGGUAACUGGCCACAUUAACCAACAUCAGUUCAAGUUCGUCAUGUUGCGGGGAAAAGCUAUUAUGUUCCCUUGUGCACGAGUUGCCUAGUGGGAUUCCAGAAUUGGUCAAGCCUAACAUCGAAAAGAUCCCUCUGCGUAAGCUCAGGCAAGACCUUCCAAAAUUGUCAGCGAAGUUUGACCAAGCCACGGAAAAUUGGUGGACUUAAAAUUUAAAGCCUUAAAAUUGCUGAGGAUACUCCAGCACCCAAAUUGAAAAACUAAUGGAGAAGCAGACGGAUGAAACACAGGUUUGUGCUAUAGUUGCAUGUCAAAAUAUAUAAACAAUGCCUAUAUGUGUGGGAAUUAACUUAACAUAAUUUUUUAUUUCAAUCGCUUUGCCUGCACAAGGUGAAGCAAGAAUGAUUCAACAUGUACAUUUUUUGUAUAUAGAUGUCAAGCCAAUGCAUUUUGUCUGCUAUUCUACAUGUGAACACGGAACAUGUCAUGCAUAAUUAAACGGAAGCCCUGUGUUUGGCAAUGCGAUAAGAUUUUCCAGUUUUCAGAAGUUAAUAUGAUCCUGAUACAAUAUAUUUCAAAAUUACUUUAACAAUAGUACAUUUUGACUCGUUGUGUCUGUAUAGGUUCCAAAAUUUCCUUUCAGGGACAGCUUUUUCACUUUAAAAAUUUCAAAAAAUCGCUUUGCCGAAUCACACUGGGUCUGUCUGGGCCAUUAUACGCAAUCGCCGGCCAAAACUACUAUGUCUAUGUCUACGAAAUGUUUUGAGCUCUCAGUAAUCAGGUUUGGCGCAUAAGUAGAGUGACGUUUGACAAGACCUAACUUGUAUUUUCCCUGUGUGUAUACUAGCUUGUGUGUACUUAUGUAUCACAGGCAGUGAGUUGUAACUAGUCUCUGAAAAAGUUCAAUUAUUAAACUCGACAUUUCUAGACUAGAAACAGUAAUACGAUGUAUACGUCGUGACCUCUUACUAUCUGAGAUUGACUGCAUGGAUAAUUCAGUUAUUCAGAUUCUCGUCAUUACAGUGUAACCAUGCAGGCUGUCACGAGAGUUACUGUUGACUUAUUCGGCUCAAACUUAUGUGUAUAGAUUGUGGUGUGUGAGCAAGGUAACAAACAGAAGAAAGCUGCUACUGGCGCAGACGAUGGUGCAGACAAACCUAAGAAACGGAAGACAACCGCCAACAGCAACAGCACUAGCAAUCUGUAA